UCCUCGCGGAUCCAGUGUAGCCAUCUAAAAGAUGAUAAUUUAACGUUGGGCGCGAAUAACGGGGCAAAUGCAGCGGACCCAAGGCGCGCUACAGCUCUGGAAGUAGAGGCUCCUGUUUUGGGCUGUUUCAAAUGUUGCUUCCCUUCAAACUCCUUAACCCUGGAGCAGGAGAACACAUUAAACUAAGGUAAUAACAGAAGUUGUUAUGCCGUGGCUUUACAGGCAGAGAAAAGAAGCGAAACAGAGCAAGAAAAGAAUACAUAUGCCAUGGGUACGAGACUCGUAGCCAAACCUUUCAUCCACACCCCAUGCCACCAUCAUACACUGCUUGUAUUAUGUGGAAGGAAGGCCAAUAAAAAGUCUAAGAGAAAGGAGAAGGAUACAGAAGCCCCAAGAAUCACCUCGAAUGUGAAGCAAAACUUGCAAGUUCUGAAGCAGCAAAAGAAACUCUUACAGGUGUCAGACUGGCCAAACUCACAAAUUCCAAAGCCCACUCCAAGAUAUCGCAAGAAAAAAGAGAAUCAAAAGGAACUUCCAACUGAGGAUGAUGUAUAUGAAGACCCUCCUAAACUUAAUGAUAAAAAAAAGAACUUCAAAGGAAAACCUGUUCUUCUUGUAGAUGGAUAUAAUGUAUGUGGUUAUUGGCCGAAGUUGAAGAAACAUUUUUACGAAGGAAGACUUGAACUAGUACGGCAACAGCUGGUGGAUGAAUUAAUAUGCUUCAGUGCAGUGAGGGGUGUCAAAGUUGUGGUGGUAUAUGAUGCCAUGAAGUCAGGUCGCCGUACUCAUAAAGAAGCAUAUCAGAAUAUCGAUAUUGUAUAUUCAGCCAAGUCAAGUGCUGACACUUGGAUUGAAAGGGAGGUGGAAGCUCUUCUGGCAGAUGGCUGCCCUAGAGUUUGGGUAGCCACAUCUGAUAAUCUUGAGAAACGGACAGCACUUUUUUUGGGUGCAUAUGUAUGGAGUUGCCAGUCAUUAAUAGAAGAGAUUGAAGAUGCACAAAUUGAGUAUGAAGAGCGACUUCUCGAAUUGAGGGCAGAUUCCAUGAAACGUGGGAUGCUAGUUGACAGUCUGAAACCACAAGCGUUUAGUGCUCUCAAAGAACUUAAAAGAAAGUUGGAAGAGUAUGAAAGAAGCCAGACAAGGUCAAAAUGAAUUUGUGAGUACAUCCAUGAUGAUACGAAAGGUACUGCCCUUGAUGGUACAUCAUCCUCAAUGCUCGAUAUCAAUGAAAUUUUAGCACAUGAUUAGACAUUUGAUACAGAAGUAAUUUGGUUAAGGGUUAAACUUCCAAAUCCAAUAAAUAGUCAGUCCAUUAAUAGAAACUUUGUGGGUUAAAGGUAAUUUGGUCAAGACUGUUCAGCUGAGGAGAUUCCUUUGCUCUGUAACAAAUUAUAAUCAAUGUGUGCGUCUCUGACCAUGUAAUGAGCACCAAGAAAUAGAAAAAAUGGUGGCAGUACAAGAUACUGAAAAACAGGGGUUGGAUGAGAUUGUGCAUCAGAAAUCAAUCAAAAACAGUUUUUCAUACAGUAAAUUUAACUAAAAAAUUACAAAUUCAUAUUAGGUGGAAUAUAAUUGCAUAUUACUUAUAAAAUUAAUUAGCAAGCUCUAACCAUAGAAUGUUCAUUUC